AUGGCGCUGACGUUGUUCUCACACGAGGACGCGGACGCGUUCCUUUCGGCCGUGACCGCGCGCCACCUGGCGGUCGACGUGGUCGGCAAGAAGCUCGGCGGCAAGGUGCUGGCGUGCUCGGACGAAUGGUUCGCGGCCGCCGCCAACCUGGUCGAGCCCCGCGCGCCCGUGCGCGACGCCACGCGCUUCACGCACGCGGGCGCGUGGUACGACGGGUGGGAGACGCGCCGCCACAACACCGCCGCGUACGACUGGGUGAUCCUGCGCAUGGGCGUGGCCGCCGCGCACAUCGUGGGCUGCGAGGUGGACACGGCCUUUUUCAACGGUAACCACGCGCCGGAGAUCGCCGUGCAGGCGCUCUACGACGAGGACGCGGACGACGUGAGCGAGGACGACGCGCGCUGGACGGACGUGAUCGGCCGCACGGCGUGCGGGCCGUCGCAGCGCCAGUUCAUGCUGCGCGACGCCAUGACGGACGCCAAGUACACGCACGUGAAGCUGCAGAUGUUCCCGGACGGCGGGAUCGCGCGGUUCCGGCUGUACGGUCACGUGGUGCCGCCGGCCGCGCUGCUGCGCGGCGCCGGCGCCGGCGCCGCGCGCGCGCCGCUCGACCUGGCCAGCGUGUGCCACGGCGGCGUCGCGCUGUGCGUGUCGGACCAGCACUUCGGCUCCGCGGACAACCUGCUGCUGCCGGGCCGCGGCCACGACAUGUCGGACGGAUGGGAGACGAGCCGGUCGCGCGAGCCCGGGCACGUGGACUGGGUCGUGGUGCAGCUGGGCGGGCGCGCGUCGCACGUGGCGCGCGUGGUGGUGGACACCGCGCACUUCCGCGGCAACUUCCCGCAGUACAUCACCGUGCACGGGCUGGACGCGGGCGCCGAUGCCGGCACCGGUGCCGGCGCCGCGGCGGCCGCGGUCGCGGCCGACGACGCGCGCUGGUUCGAGCUGGUGCCCAAGAGCAAGACCGGGCCGGACCACGAGCACGUGUACGACGUGGCGCGCGACGCGCACGUGACGCACGUGAAGCUGACGAUCAUCCCGGACGGCGGCGUGAAGCGCGUGCGGGUGUACGGGUGGUGA